CAAUUUCCAUCACAAUUUGCAAUUUGGAUAGCACCCAAAAAAAACACUUUGCAAUUUGGAGGGUUUGGAUUUUUGGUGGGUGAUAAUAUCAAACUAAACUUGUUCUCACUUCUCCCCACACAUUCACUCUUUCUUUCUUUUUCCACCGGUGUGCUACCAAUUAUUCCCAUAGUUAUAUUUGCAGGCAGCAAUGAAGGUGAAAUGAAUGUUGGGUAUAAUGUAUGUGAAUCCUGGAGAGGUUAUAAGCCACAUGAAAUUUAUGUCUUGUAUAAAUUUGUAAAUUGAGGAGAAUAGGAGAUCUUAGAGCUGAACGUACUAGUUUCGAUGGCUGUGCACGCUGGCUUAGGACGCAGCAAUGUUGUCUCUGUUUCUUCAGCCUCCUUGUGUCCGUGUUCACGGUCUCCAUCGUUCUUCAAACCCCUUGAGCUUUCGUUUGGAUCAGCCAAAUUUAGAUUAACUGGUGUGAGUUCAGAUGGUAUUUAUGGGAUUCCAGUGAUGAGAAUGCCUAGGCAUCGGAUUGCUAUGGCUGUGGCAAGAGCUGAACCAGAUCGACUUGAUGAAGGAGAAGCGAAAGAGGUAGUUGGCUGCGAUUUAUCGGAGGAAGAGGACAAGCAUUCAGAAGAGCAACAUAAAGCUAGUCAGUUGAAGGACAGGGUUAUAUUUGGACUUGUGAUUGGCAUUUCAGUAGGUGGCAUUAUACUCGCAGGAGGUUGGGUGUUUACCAUUGGUAUUGCUGCUGCGGGUUUUAUGUCUGCGAGAGAGUACUUCGGACUGGUAAGGAGUGAUGGAAUUUCCAUGGGAAUGACACCGCCACCUCGAUAUGUGUCGAGAGUUUGUUCUGUUAUCUGUGCUCUUCUGCCUAUUUGGACCUUAUAUGUUGGUCACAUUGAUAUCUCAGUAACAUCUGCAGCUUUUAUCGUUGCAAUAGCAUUGCUUGUACAGAGAGGAAAUCCUCGCUUUGCGCAGCUUAGCAGUGCCAUGUUUGGGUUGUUUUAUUGUGGUUAUCUACCUUGUUUCUGGGUCAAGCUUCGAUGUGGUUUAUCAGUUCCAUCCCUGAACACAAAAAUAGGACAUCUCUGGCCUGUUCUUCUUGGUGGCCCAACACAUUGGACUGUGGGUCUUGUGGCAACCUUAUUAACUGUCAGCAGCAUUAUUGCCGCGGAUACAUAUGCUUUUCUUGGAGGCAAGGCAUUUGGCCGCACUCCACUAAUUAUUGUUAGCCCCAAAAAAACGUGGGAAGGGGCUUUGGUGGGGUUGGCUGGCUGCGUAGCUACUGCAGUCAUAUUAGCAAAGCUACUUUCCUGGCCAAAAUCUUUACUGAGUGCGGUCGCACUAGGGUUCCUGAUAUUCUUUGGGUCUCUGUUCGGUGACCUGACAGAGUCGAUGAUAAAACGUGAUGCAGGUGUUAAGGAUUCUGGUUCUCUAAUACCUGGACAUGGUGGAAUACUCGACAGGGUAGACAGUUACAUGUUUACUGGGGCACUCUCGUACUCCUUUAUAAAAACUUUCAUGCCACUCUUUGGUGUUUGAUAUCAGAGUUCGACACCCUUAUCGCGGUCGGGACAAAGAAUUUCAGUGGUGUAAAGCUCGCAAAGGCGAAUCUUACUAAAGGAAAGAUUUUCAGCACAGACAAGCUCCCAAAGGUGAAGCUUACAAAGAAGCAGUCGAUUAACUUGUUAUACUUUGCGAAGUAGUUUAGUCCCACACUUACACUUGCCAGUUUUGGUUGUACAGAUCUUUUUGCAAUGAGCAAAAAAGUCGUCAUAGUUAGUCUCUUUCUGUGCAUGUAUCAUAGAGGAUAAGCACAUUUGGCUAACUAUUGAACAUGCUGUGUAUUGACACAACUAUGUGCAUGUAAUCCAUAUUGGGUUUAGUAGCGGUAUCGAUGUCAUUACACUGUUUGUUAGCGAGAGAAAUAGUUUGCGAUUCAGCUAGACUCUAUCGUAGACAUCCCUUUUCUUCGGGGUAAGAAUUUUAGAGUAAUAACAUUAUUUUGUUAUUUCUGUUAAUUUAUAGAGUAUUCAAUCAUUUGUAUGGUCACAAAGAUUUUCUGUCCA